UCCGACCCGGGCUCAGAUGCUCGGCUGCUCCGCCUAGUCAUUGUCCCCGCAGGUCUCUUCUCUGCGGCCCAAAGUUACGAGUGCCUCUGCUUUUUCCAGGCGUCUGGCGUCCAUCUGCCCUUGGCGAUCCAUCGAGCAGCAUGGACGGCUGCGUAGGAGAGGAGUCCUUUCAGCUGUGGGAGCUCAACCGGCGCCUGGAGGCCUACCUGGCCCGAGUCAAGGCGCUGGAGGAGCAGAACGCGCAGCUGAGCGCGGAGCUAGGGGGCCUCCGGUCACAGUCCGGCGACACUUCCUGGCGGGCCGGAGCGGACGGCAAGCUGGCUGCCUUGCGCGCCCUGGUGGACCAGCGCUGGCGGGAGAAGCAUGCGGCUGAGGUGCAGCGCGACAGCCUGGCGGACGAGUUGGAAGGUGUGGCGGGCCGGUGCCAGCAGCUGCGGAUGGCCCGGGAACGCUCGGUCGAGGAGGCUGCGCGCAGCCGGCGCGCGGUGGAGGCCGAGCAGCGGGCCCGGGACUGGCUGAGCGCUCAAGCGGCAGAUCUGGAGCGCGAGCUAGAGGCGCUGCGCGCGGCGCACGAGGAAGAGCGCGCCAGUCUGCACGCGCAGGUAGCUUGCACACCCCGCCGCCCUGCGCCACCCCGCGGACCCCCCGCGCCAGCCCCGGAGGUGGAGGAGCUGGCCCGACGGCUGGGCGAGGCGUGGCGCGGUGCAGUGCGCGGCUACCAGGAGCGCGUGGCGCACCUGGAGUCGUCGCUGGGCCAGGCCCGAGAGAGGCUGGGACGCGCGAUGCAGGGCGCCCGGGAAGGACGCCUGGAGCUGCAGCAGCUCCGCGCCGAGCGCGGCGGCCUCCAGGAGCGCAGGGCAGCGUUGGAGCAGAGGCUGGAGGACCGCUGGCAAGAGCGGCUGCGAGCCACCGAAAAGUUCCAGCUGGCCGUGGAGGCUCUGGAGCAGGAGAAGCAGGGCCUGCAGAACCAGAUCGCCCAAGUCCUGGAGGGCCGGCAGCAGCUGGCACACCUCAAGAUGUCUCUCAGCCUGGAGGUGGCCACAUACAGGACCCUCCUAGAGGCUGAGAACUCCCGGCUGCAGACACCUGGUGGCAGUCCCAAGACUUUUCUCAGCUUCCAGGACCCCAAGCUGGAGCUGCAUUUCCCUGUGAUCCCAGAGGGUCAGCAUCUGGGACCUGUCCUCAGCCCAACUUCCUUCCGCUCCCCCUUGCCUAACAUGCUCCAGAUACCUGUGCCAGCCUUUCUGAAGAGCCAGGAAUUCCUCCAGGCCCGUACCCCCACCUUAGCCAGCACCCCUAUUCCACCCACACCUCAGGCUGCCUGUCCUGCCGCAAUUGCAGAGGCCAGAGCCCAGGAUGACCCUUGCUCCCUGCUACCACCGCAGAGUGGAAGGCAGCAGGCUCCAGAGCCACUGUGGGCUGAAGCCCAGGAAGCAACCACUGCUGGCAUCCUUCCAGGACCGGAGGAACCUGGUAGCAAGCAGCAAGAGGCCAGUCCAGGCCAGUCCCCUGAAGACCAGGCUUCCUUGACCCAACUCCUCAGCCCUGACCAGCCCAGUGUAGAGGCAAAAGACAGAGAACUGAGGUGGUCCAGAACAUCUAGCGUAUCCCAGGAGGAAGGUAAGGAGCAGAUGCGGGGACUGGUAGAGAAAGAAACAACCAUAGAGGUCCAAGUAGUGAGCAGCUUGCAACAGCAAACAUGGCAAGAAGGAGAAGACCUGGACAUGAAGGAAAUCCAGGACUCCCAGGGGCCUCUGGAAAAAGAAACCCUGAAGGUUCUGGGAGAGGAGAUUCAACAGCCACUGAUGCCUCUGGAGAAUCAAAGCCAUGAGGCCCAAGAGAAAGAAGAUCAGGAAUUUCUGAAGUCUUUAGAAGAUGAGAACCUAGAAACACUAAGUCUAGAAAAAGAAAAUCAAGAAGUAAGGUCUUUCGAAGAAAAAGACAUGGAUGCAGAGAGACCUCUAGAAAAGGAAAUCACUGAAUUACCUGAGUCUACAGGAAAAGAGAAUUCACAGAGAUUGCAAUCCUUGGAAAAGGAACACCAAGAUAGUCUAGAGACUGUUUUAUUUCCAGGAAAGGGAAAUCAAGAACUAGUGAGAUCUCUAAAAGAGGAGAACUUAGAAGAGGCACUGAGAAUGUGUGAAAAGGAGACCCAAAAGCCACUGAGCUCUCAAGAAGUAGAGGACCAGGAGAUGUGGAAAUCUCUACCAGAUGAGAAUCAGGAGUCCCUGAAGUAUCUUGAAGAUGAGACCUCUAAAGACAAUCAAGAGCCACUGACCUUUUUAGAAGAGAAUGGAAAGACUGUGAAACCUUUAGAAAAAGAGAAACAGGAGUUACUGAAGUCUCUAGAGGAAGAGGAUAAGAAAUUUGUGAGAACUCUAGAAAAAGAGGAUCAGGAGUCUCUAAGGUCUCUGGAAACAGCAGACCAAGGGAAUGUGGGAGCUCUAGAAAAAGAGAAUCAGGAGUCCCUGAGGUCUCUAGAAGAGGAAGAAGAGAAGGCUAUGAGACCUUCAGAAAAAGAGAGUCUGGAACAGCUGAAGUAUGUAGAAGAAGAUGAGAAUACUGUGAGACCUCUAGAAAAAGAGAAGCAGGAACCACUGGGAUCUCUAGAAGACCAGAAGACCAUGAGACCGCUAGAAAAAGAAAAUGAGGAGCGAUUGUGGAGUCUAGAAGAGGGCCAGAAGAAUGUGAGGCCUCUAGAAAAAGAGAAGCAGGAACCAUGGAAGUCUCUGGAAGAACAGGAUCAAAAGAUCAUGAGGCCUCUAGAAAAAGGUGAUCAGGAGCUGCUGAACUCUCUAGAAGAAGACCAAGAGACACUGCAAACUCUUGAAAAAGAGACUCAGCAGUCACUGAGAGCUCCAGGGGAAGAAGGCCAAAUGACAAUGAGACUGCUAGAAAAGAUGAAUCCAGAGCCACUGAAAUCUCUUGGAAAUGAACAGGAGACAGUUCGAUCUCUUGAAAAAGAGGAUCAGGAGUUAUUCAAGUCCCUGAAAGGUGAGAGUACAGAGGCAGUAAGAUCUUCAGACAUACAAAACCUAGAGUCACUGAAGUCUGCAGAAGAAGACCUAGAAAUGCUAAAGUCUCCGGAAGCUGAAGAGUCAUUGCAGUCUCUAGAAAAAAGGAAUAGGGAGACAGUGAAACCUUUAGAAAAGGAAAUGCAAGAAACACUGGGGUCUGUGGAAGAAAAUCAAGAGAUGCUAAGCCCUCAAGAGAAAGAGAAACAAGAAAGACUGAGACCUGUAGGUGAGUGGAACUUACAGAACUUGAGGUCUCCAGAGGAGGCAGGGAAGGAAGUUCACAAAGAUCUGGAAACGGAAGGGAGCCUGCUGAAUGGGGAGAAUCAAGAGUUACUGAGGUCUCUGAAAGACACACAGGAAUUACCUCUGUCUGAAAAUCAGCAGAUAUGGGAGGAUAUAGCCAUGGAGGAUCAAGAUCUGGCUCAGGAAGCCCCAUCUAGCAGGGAGGAGGUGGGAGAUGAGGGUGAGGCAGAGCUGGGCCUGAGGGAGCAGGAUGGGAAUUCAGCAGCAGAGGCCUGGAGCAUCGGUACCCCUGAGCCCAAAGAGCAAAGGGACUCAGCUGAGGGAGCCAAUAGGUAUGGAAAUGCUGAGGGCCCCCAGGACCUUCAAGGGCCACCAGAGGAAGUGGGGGCCCCAGGCCUCGGAGCUUCCCAGGAAAUGGCAGAGGUGGCAGAGCCCCGGCAGGAAGAUGAGGAUGAAGGCCCAGAGAGUGGCCAAGGUUCUCUAGGGGUCACCUGGGAGUCAGAGACAGUCAAGAGCCUGUCUGCUGCAGGAGCUGAGCUGGGUCUGGAACAGGGGGUAGGAGAGCUGGAGGACCAGAAGGAUCUGGCACACUCUGCCCUCCAGGAGACAGGGCAGUCACCCCCAGUGGAGGACAAUUUGGAGGCAGAGAGCGCUCAGGGCUUGGAAGGGUCUGGGCAGGAUCACAUGGAGUCAGCACUCUCUGACCCGCCCAGCAGGAGCAUGAACCUUGGGGAGCCUCCCAAGGGCUGGGAGGAGCUAGAGCCUGAAGCUAGUGUGGGAACGGAGGAGGUGUCCCCCAGUGAUGCCCCUCAGCCCAGGCCCUUGGGAUCAGAGGAUGCCCAAGAUGCACAACCAGUGCUGGGGCCCACUGAACCUCAUGCACCCACCCUAAUUGUGGAAGAGUCCUCUGGGACCCAGCUCCAGAAUGAGGCGGGCCAGGAGGCUGGCUGGGGGCUCAAAGGGAGGACUGAAGUCUUGGGAAAGGUAGAGGGUGAGCAGGAGGAGCUUGGUCCUGAGGAGAUUUCUGAGGACCUCCAGGAGGAGGAAGAGGAGAGCAGAGCAGAAAGUGAGGCGGAUGAGCUUGGGGAAACCUUGCCUGACUCCACUCCCCUGAGCCUGUACCUCAGGUCGCCCUCAUCCCCUGGGUGGGACAUGGCAGGAGAAGAGAGACCCUCCCCUCAGGGGGAGGCCAGGAAAGAGGGCUGUGAUCCUGCUGUCCCUGGCCCACCCUCAGAAGAGGAGGAUGGGGAGGACGAUCGUGGUCAGGACUCUGACUUAUCGGAUGAAUUUGAAGAUCUAGAGACAGAGGCUUCUCUUCCUGGGCGCCCCAAGAAUGUGGUAGAACCUCUAGGCCAAGUGGCUCAACUGCUGGAGCCUGCAGUCUGGGAUCGGGAUGGGGAGUCUGAUGGGUUUGCAGAUGAAGAGAGUGGGGAAGAGGCAGAGGAGGAGGGGGAGGAGGGGCAGGAGCCAGGGGCUUUGCAGUGGGGGCCAGGGUCCUCUGUGGGAAGCCUGCAGACCCUGAGUAGCUCUCAGAGAGAGGCACUCCUGGCACCUGAACCCCUGGGCAUCAAUGUUCCCUGGAAUGACAGCUUGCAGGGGGCUAUGGUUGAUGUCCCUGUGACUGCCCCAGAGAUCGAAUCCCAGGAUAGUGCUGAGCCUUCUGGCUCAGAGGAGUCUGACUCUGCUCCCUGGGAGGAGGAUCAAGUCCCUGGUCCUUUGGAGACUGUGGAGGACACAGGCCCAGGGGAUAACCACAGUAUCAAUGGGGAUCCAAACUUGGAAGAAAAGUCAGAGAACACAAGUGGGAGGGCAAUGAAUGGGCUAGAGCAGUCCAGGGGAGAGGGGCAUGGAACCCCAGAGCCCCCCAAUGGGGAUCAAGGGGCCUCCUCACAGGUGGAGGAAGGGGUUGCCCUGAAGACGCCUUGGGCAGGGGCUCCUGUGCACCUAGGCCCAAGCCAGUUCCUAAAGUUCAAUCUGAGGGAAGGAGAUGGAGACUCCUGGUCCUCUGGGGAAGACUAGAGCAAGCUCCUAGACACAGGAUCUGGGGGAGCUGUCCCCAGAACACCCCCUUCCAGAGUUGACACCCUUAACUUGUGAUCUCUUGACCCAUGGUUUCAUCUGAGAGGGAGAAGCUUGGCUGGCUAAGGAGGAAUGGCAUGUGGCAAAAGAGCUAUUCUAAGAUUGGAGGUUCUAGGAACAAAACCUUGGACUCUGCCUGAGGGCAGCAUGCUUCCGUCAACCCAGAGGCUAAUGCAAUGGAACCCCUGUAGUACCAGGCUCCCUUUCCUCUACUCUCCAUCACUGGGAAAAGUCUAGGCAGUGUUCUCUCUGCUGGGGGAGGGUCCACCCUUGGGGAGGUCUGGCCUGUGGCUAAUGGAGGUGAAGGGUGUACCCCGUGUCCUGACCCCCUUGUCUUAGCCAUGUAGUGGCCUUGUCUGGCUCAUCCAUGCUUGAAUAAAUUCAUGCCUCUGCCUACAGAA